AUGGCCGCCAAUGGCUUCGCCGUCUCCCGGCAGCUCGGUCGUUUGAGUCGGGCCACCGGGCCAAAGGCAACCACAUCUCAUCUCAGCCUCCGUACCGCUGCCAAUGCUCAACGACCAUGGCUUUGCCGGCCCUGCUCGGUUGGUGGCCCGGCUGGGAGCAAGCUCUUCGCCAGGAACAAGUCAACUUUCAGUAGAUCCGAAUAUGCUAUGCUUGACACCUUUCCCCGCCGGCACAUCGGCCCCGAUGAAGCCUCGGCCGACGAGAUGCUCAAGGUCUUGGACCCUCCUGUCAAGUCUCUGGAUGACUUCGUCGCCCAGGUCAUCCCGCCUGACAUCCUGUCAACUCGGAAACUGUUCCCCAAGUCGAGGCAUGAGCAGGGUGUGGAGCCAACCGAAGCAGCUGUGACGGAGGCGCUCUCCGAAUCAGAGGUCAUGAGCAUGGUCGACGCACUCCAACGGGAUGAGAUCAAGGUCGGAAAGAGCUUUAUCGGCGCCGGCUACUACGGCACUCUUGUUCCCGAGGUCAUCAAGCGCAACGUCCUGGAGAACCCGGCCUGGUACACGAGCUACACGCCUUACCAGCCCGAGAUCAGCCAGGGCCGGCUCGAGUCCCUGCUGAACUAUCAAACCCUGGUCUCCGACCUCACGGCUCUGCCAAUCUCAAAUGCGAGUCUGUUGGACGAGGGAACUGCCGCUGCCGAGGCCUUGACUCUGUCCAUCAACAGCCUGCCAUCCUCACGGGCGAGGCGCCCAGGCAAGACGUACAUUGUCUCGGACCAGCUGCACCCCCAGACGUUGGCCGUCAUGGAGGGGCGCGCUGGUGGCUUCGGGGUCAAGAUUGAACAGGCCGAUGUCCUGUCAGAGGGGUUUGCCGCGCGCCUGGAGGAGCUUGGUGAUGACCUCGUGGGCGUCAUGGUCCAGUACCCUGACACACUGGGCCAGGUCAGGGACUUCCGACAACUGGCCGAUUCUGUCCACAAGAAGGGAGGUCUCCUCGCUGCAGCCACUGACCUCCUCGCGCUGACCUUGCUCACGCCCCCGGGCGAGUGGGGCGCUGAUAUCGCAUUUGGCAGCGCGCAGAGGCUGGGUGUUCCCAUGGGCUUCGGCGGCCCACAUGCGGCAUUCUUUGCCGUGACCGAGAAGCACAAGAGAAAGAUGCCAGGCCGACUGAUUGGAGUUUCCAAGGACCGGCUCGGCGGCAAGGCACUCAGGCUGGCUCUGCAGACCCGCGAACAGCACAUCCGAAGGGACAAGGCGACCAGCAACGUCUGCACUGCUCAGGCGUUGCUUGCCAACAUGAGUGCGCUGUACGCAAUCUAUCAUGGGCCAGAAGGCCUGAGGGCUAUCGCCAAGAAGAUCACGAGGGACGCUCAGCUGGCCAAGAAAGUUGCCUCCGCCUCCGGCUGGGAGGUGCUCACCGAGGGCCCCAUCUUCGACACCUUUGUGGUGCACAAGCCGGGCCAGAGUGCUGAGUCCGCCGCCGCGGACCUGCUGCGCGAGGCCGAGGAGCGCGGACUCCAUCUUCGCCGUCUUGACUCUACCAAGGUCGGCAUCAGCAUUGAUGAGUCCACCACGUACGAUGAGCUUGCCACCCUGCUCUCCCUUUUCAACGGCACAAAGGACGUAUCAUCACUUGGCCAGCAGGACUACGACACAGCCGAGCUACCUGGGCCUUUCAAGCGCCAGUCAGAGUACCUGACUCACCCAAUCUUCAAUACGCAUCACUCAGAGACCGAGAUUCUGCGGUACAUAUACCAAUUGCAGUCCAAGGACCUUUCUCUUGUUCACUCCAUGAUCCCCCUCGGGUCAUGCACCAUGAAGCUGAAUGGGUCCACGGAGAUGGCCCUCAUCACGAAGCCCGGGUUUGCCAACGUGCACCCCUAUGCGCCCAGAGACACGGUCAAGGGCUACUUGAAGAUGAUCUCGUCUCUCGAAGACCAGCUCACCAGUAUCACCGCCAUGGACGGCGUCUCGCUGCAGCCCAAUUCGGGUGCGCAGGGAGAGUUCGCGGGGCUUCGCGCCAUCCGCAAGUUCCACGAGUCCAACGGCGACAAGAAGCGCGACAUCUGCCUGAUUCCUGUGUCGGCGCACGGAACAAACCCGGCGUCGGCGGCGAUGGCGGGCAUGCGUGUGGUGCCGAUCAAGUGCGACACCAAGACGGGCAACCUGGACGUGGCCGAUCUGCAGGCCAAGUGCGAGCAGCACAAGGACCAGUUGGGCGCCAUCAUGGUCACGUACCCGUCGACGUUCGGCGUGUUCGAGCCGGCGAUCCGCAAGGUGUGCGAAACGGUGCACGCGUACGGCGGGCAGGUGUACAUGGACGGCGCGAACAUGAACGCACAGAUUGGACUGUGCUCGCCGGGCGAGAUCGGCGCCGAUGUGUGCCAUCUCAACCUGCACAAGACGUUCUGCAUCCCGCACGGCGGCGGCGGGCCCGGUGUGGGCCCCAUCUGCGUCAAGAAGCACUUGAUCCCGCAUCUGGCGCCGACGGGCGUGAUCACGACGCAGUCCAAGGGGUUGAUCAGCAGUGCGCCCUACGGCAGCGCCUCGAUCCUGCCCAUCAGCUGGGCAUACAACAUGCUGAUGGGAUCUGAAGGCCUCAAAAAGGCGACGCAGGUAACGCUCCUCAACGCCAACUACCUGCUCAGCCGGCUGCGGCCGCACUACGACAUCCUGUACACAAAUGAGCACGGGCGGUGCGCGCACGAGUUCAUCCUGGAUACGCGGCCCUUUGCGGCGACGUCUGGCGUCGAGGCCAUCGACAUCGCCAAGCGGCUGCAGGACUACGGCUUCCACGCGCCGACCAUGAGCUGGCCCGUUGCCAACACGCUGAUGAUCGAGCCGACCGAGAGCGAGAGCAAGGAGGAGCUCGACCGCUUCGUGGACGCCCUCAUCAGCAUCAGGGGCGAGAUCCGCGCCGUGGAGGAGGGCCGGAUGCCGCGUGAGGGUAAUGUACUCAAGAUGGCGCCCCACCCGGUCCAGGACAUUGUCGGUGGCGAGUGGGACAGGCCAUAUUCUCGGGAGCAGGCCGUGUACCCAUUGCCUUGGCUUCGGGAGAAGAAGUUCUGGCCCAGCGUCGGAAGGGUUGACGAUACCUAUGGAGACCUGAACUUGUUCUGCACGUGUCCCCCGGUCGAGGACACUACUGGUGGAUCUGUGCAGUAG